AUGCUAAACUCGUCAUCGUUCAGCUGGCAGAACGUCAGUUCCUACGGUCCCGUUUGGGCGGUUCCGAAAGACAGCUUCUCCAACGCGCUGUCCAAGAACAUGGCGGCCAUGUUGGUGUGGCUGGCCCUUAGUGUCAUCAACGGCAGUAUGGUGCACACCUUCCUCAGGCACAGCGUGUUCUACGACAAUCCGCGUUACAUCAUGUUCAUCGCCAUGGUGAUCAACGACGCGCUUCAGCUGAGUCUGGUGACGGCACUCUACGUGCUGAGUUACAUCUUCCGCAAGAUCCACGCCUCUGUCUGCUGCCUGCUGAUCAUGUGGGCGGUGCUGACGACUCGUUCCACGCCGCUGAUUCUGGCGGGGAUGUCAGUGGAGCGUUACCUGGCCAUCUGCUUCCCGCUGCACUACGGGCAGAUGUGCACAGUGCGGCGCACAUUGCUGCUGAUCGCCGCCAUCUUGACGCUGACCGCCACGCCGCCUGUCACCGACUUGCUGGUCAGCGUUAUGCGGGAGCCGCCCGGUUUUUUCCAGACCGCCAUCUUCUGCGACCACGCACUGCUCUUCCGCCACCGCGCUAUCUAUAUCAAGAACUUCGUCUUCGAUGGCGUCUACUUGUCCUUCGUGGUCCUCACCCUGGUCUUCACCUACUGCAAGAUCAUGAUGACGGCCCGCGCCGCCGCCUCCGCUGGGCUAGCCUCCGUCACCCGGGCCCGCAACACCGUCAUGCUGCACGGCCUGCAGUUGCUGCUGUGCAUGCUGGCCUUCGUCGUUCCGUCGCUACAGGCGGCGCUCAUCUCGCUCUUCCCGCGCCUGAGUCUGGAGAUCCGCUACAUCUUCUUCCUGCUGGUCUACAUCAUCCCGCGCUUCCUCAGCCCCGUCAUCUACGGCUUCCGCGACGAACUCUUCCGCAAGUACUGGACGCGUUACAUGGCCUGCCAGAAACGGGUUGGCGCUCGCGUUGCUCACAUUUCCUGA